AUGAAGGUCGUUAUAAGGUGUUACCGGCGCACAGAAAAGCCAGUUCAAUUUGCCAUGACGUCGCCGCCGCCGCUGGUGGAGCUAUUUGUGAAGUCUUCUUCCGUGGAUCCUGGUGACAAGGGAGCCUGCCCGUUCUCCCAGAAAUGGUUCAUGGUGUUCUACUUGCUCGUGGACAGGCGAAGACUAAACCUUCGUGUGAUUCCCGUCAGUAUGGCCAAUCCGCCACUCGAAUACACACGCCUGGAUACGGGCAGGAGGCUCCCGGCCAUUGCCUAUUACAGCACUCACAAGGAUGGCCAGACCAGCGGGAAUCCGGACUUUGUGAGGGCUGGAAACGAUGAGUUGGAGGAAUUCAUAAAGACCAAUUUCGCCUCCGAACUGAACGUGGAUGCCGCCGAGCAGUGGGUUGGAGCGGAUCUUCUACGCAACCUCAAUUAUCUCCUUCGGACUGGCUACUCGCAACAACUUGUGGCUAACCUAGUCGCCAUAAAUGAUUACCUGUUAAAAGCAAAUCACGUAUUUAUCGAGGGUGACAGCCUCUCCUACUCGGACUGUGUUCUGGUGUGCAAACUGCACCACAUCCGUGUUGCCGGCGCAUUCUACCGGUACUUCAACAUUCCCGACGAGCUGAAGCAACUCUGGAAGUACCUCCAGACUGUCUACGCCACGAAGGCGUUUGACGUGACCUGUCCGUUGGAUCGAGACAUAUUGCUCCACUACCUGGACAAAGUGGAAUUCAAGAACGCCGAGGCGAGGAACCAAGUCCACCACCAAAUCAUUUUCCUUCCGCACGGCCAGAGGACGACUUUUCUCACCUCGGACUUGAACGAGUCGUUGUCUGAAAACUCAAACCUACACUCCAGUGGUAUGAAGCUCAUUGUGAACUGCGUAAUGCCUUCGGCGGAAUACGACGGACUGGUGAGAGACCGCUUAAGCCGUCUUUAUAAUGACACAGAUUAA